GUCCGACUGAGUGACAUCGCCUAUGUAAAUUCUUCUGCCUUCACAUUUUGCCGGCCCUACUUCCUCUGCACACCAUCUGUUUUGGGGUCUUGCCAAAUCUCCCCUUUUUUUUUUAGGUUAAAUCUCCCCCUUGCCUUGUUCCUUUUCCUCAUCGGCUGGUCACUGGUUUGACAGCCGUCUGUUUUGGUCUCAUCUAUCGUGAACUAAACGCGUCUUGGUCCUUUUUCGUGACGCACCGAUAUCACACGGCCACCAGAAGUGGAAAGGGAAUGAAGGAAGAUAGCUCGAAAGAGCGCGAUUAAGGGAAACGAUCUGAGGAACCCAUCAGACCGAGAUAUGGCCAGCAAUCAAGGAGGGGACCGUAAUCCUCCACGAACUUCCCAUUCCGAUCCACCGUCAACCUCGCACGCCACAAGUGAGACCUCAUCACCAGGGAAUGCCCGUGCACCGAGACUGGCGGCACAGAGCUGGAGAAGUUAUGGCACUCUGGAUCCUUCGGAACGAGCGGGCUUCGAAACACUCAGCGAAGAGAAUCAGCCUGAGAGCUCUGGCGGCGUGACCACUUCUCAAUCUACCACAGCCUUACAAUCCGAUCGACCGAGAAAACCGCCGGUGAUGCGCCGGUUGUCUUCCAAGCGACAUGUGCCUUUCAAACGACAGGAGUUCUCGACUGACGAUGACGUUCGCGAGGUUGAGGAGGAUAUUGCUAUGAAACAGGCUUCUACUCCUGCCCAACCGUCCCCGAGGAUACGUCCGCUGCGGAAAGAAAGCUCAACUCUGAAGAGAAGCAUGACCAGCCGCAUCAAUACUUCGGUCCCAGAAGAGUCCGAGAACGAAGACGAAGGCGGAUUAGAACUUUCCGAUCCUGGACUGGGAGCUGCUGCAGAAUUGCCCACGGUUGAUCAGUCUGACGAUGAGAAUCGCACCAGCGAAAGUGGCGGUGAUGGUCUGGACGAUGAUGUUGACGACGAGGAACUUAGCGAUGCCGAGAGCUUUACACUUAAGGAUCGUCAACAGGCUAUCAACAAAACACACCCCUUUGGGAUAAGGCUGUGGAAGCCUGCUUUGUACAAGAAAAGUCGCUCUGUCGAGAAAACCGCGGAAGGCGAUAUACACUCGUCCCCCGGAGGGCGAGUGGGGAAUCUGCUCUUCCUCACGAACUUGCUCUGGACGGUGUUUUUCGGAUGGUGGCUUGCUUUAGCUGCGCUUACUGGAGCGGUGGCCUGUUUCAUUUUCGCAUUUUCAUCCAGCGCAGUAGAAUACGGGAAGGUCUUCUCGGGCUUAUCUUGGUACUUGUUCUAUCCCUUUGGCUCGUUCGUUCGCCUAGACACGGACGAAAACUACGCCGAAGAGGACGAGGGCGAGGGUCGCAGCAUCAGCGAAUACGAACAGUGGCAGAAUGGUGACCUGGAGAAUGGCCGGCUGUUCUUCGGGCCCCGGCGCAAUCGGUCUCUCAUCGGGAGAAGGAGGAACAGUAUUGAUUCGACCGGUGAGCAAGACAGCCUCCUUGGGCGGACUCCGAGGCGAUCCUCUGGCGAUGGCACCUUGGGACACUCAAAACGACGUCUGUUCGGCCGGGGCGAAUGGACCCUUGGCCGCGUGGUGUUCUUUGUGUUCUUCUAUUUUCUCGUGGGGCCUCUGAUGCUCAUGGUGUCACUGAUCUGCUGGUUGCUCGUCUUCUGGAUCCCGAUGGGCCGCGUGACCGUCACUCUCUUCGACCAUCUUCGCCGGCACCCCCUGGCAUUGUCUUAUCAUUCUGACAUGUCGUACACGCGAUUGCGCCCUGGGUCUUCCUCGUCCAUUCUCCUAUGCACAUAUCGAGCUGCUGGCAUCAGCUAUUGGAAGUAUACCGUUGAUGGGACAAACAUCUUUCUGAUUAACCUUCUCGGUGUUGUCUUGUUUGUCAUUGUCGACUAUUUUCUUCUGAGGGAAACUCUGGAGAUCCAAACGUGGCUCACUCAUCCAGGCUUAGUUUUCGCUCUUGCCCUGAUUUCGAUCAUCCCACUGGCCUAUUUCAUUGGGCAGGCGGUUGCAUCCAUUUCUGCGCAGUCCUCCAUGGGAAUGGGUGCUGCCGUCAAUGCUUUCUUCUCAACUCUAGUGGAAGUCUACCUCUAUUGUGUUGCCUUGACUCAGGGCAAAGCUCGACUCGUCGAAGGCAGUAUCAUCGGUAGCAUCUUUGCGGGUAUCCUUUUCCUUCCCGGUCUGUCCAUGUGUUUUGGCGCAAUCAAACGCAAGACUCAGCGAUUUAACAUCAAAUCUGCGGGCGUCACGUCCACCAUGCUGAUGUUUGCUGUAAUCGCUGCCUUUGGACCCACCCUCUUCUAUCAGAUCUAUGGCAGUCACCAACUCAACUGCCAUGCUUGCGCAAAACCGGGAUCAGCCGACGGUGACGACUGUCGUCGAUGCUAUUUUGCCCAAGUCCCGGCUGUAAACGACAGUUUCUUCCGCAAAGCAGUGCAGCCGUUCUCAUGGUUUGCGGCCGUCUUCCUGUUUCUUUCGUAUGUAAUAGGCCUGUGGUUUACUCUCCGAACUCAUGCUGCCCUUAUCUGGGCUACUGAGGUUGAGGAGAAAAAAGCCGUUGCCCUUGCACACAACCACGAUUCCUUUGAGCAGAGGCCUCCUCUUCUUCCUAGCGUGCCCUCGGGUGCCACCGGUGGACAUUCUGGCACAAAGGGCCCGGUCCGUGAUUCGCAGCUGUACAAGCGCAUCUUGGGACAAUCCCUGAAGCAAGUUGGGUUGUCUGAGAAUACUCCUGAAGAUAGCACAGACCAUGCUGAGUCGAGCGUGGCGCACGGCAAGACUACAACACCGUACCUUGUACCUCCUCACUCACAAAAUGGUGGUGGUCAUCGUAAAUGUGAUAAUUAUACAGACUUCUCGGAUGAGGAGAAUGUGCACCUGGUCCGUCAGGUGACUGAAGUGGCAGCCACAGCAGCUGCAAUUGCUGCCCGCGAUGCGGCUCGCCCACGGAAGCCAACCGCUCGGCAGCCCGUCCAACGACAGGCCACCAAAAAUGCCUCAGAUCCUGUGAAGGCGAUUUUGGAAGAGCAUGACGAUGGCGGUCUGGAGCCAAGCCCUACUAGCGGAGGCCACGAUGCCCCCAAUUGGAGCAAAUCUUGGAGCGCAUUUGUCCUUCUUGGAGCAACACUCCUUUAUGCGAUCAUCGCAGAAAUCCUCGUCAACACCGUGGACGUCGUCCUCGAGAGCGUCGACAUCGAUGAAAAGUUUCUUGGAAUCACCCUGUUCGCCCUGGUUCCCAACACGACUGAAUUCUUGAAUGCCAUUUCCUUCGCAAUAAACGGCAACAUUGCCCUGUCAAUGGAAAUUGGAUCGGCCUACGCGCUGCAAGUUUGCCUAUUACAGAUUCCCGCUGUCGUCCUGUUCAGCGCCUUAUACGAGCGGUUCAAGGAGCCCUCAGAACUCCUGUCCCAUUCAUUCAACCUCAUCUUCCCCCAAUGGGACAUGGUAACAGUCAUCCUCUGCGUCUUCCUCCUGUCGUACGUAUACGGCGAGGGCAAAAGCAACUACUUCAAAGGCUCCAUCCUCGUGCUCACAUACCUGGUCGUGGUGAUCGGCUUCUACCUCUCUGGCUACAGCAACAUGGAGAGCAUGGGUAUCAACCGCUUUGAUACUCUCGCUCUGGGGACUGCCGCGCCGGAGAAGUUCUACACUGUUGGUAAGUCUACGAGUGGGGUAGCCUAUGGGCCUAGCUCUUAGUGUCACUCCGUUUUCUUAGCAUGGACGUUUCAUAGAUUUCUUUCCUCAUGGUGUGAUGUUUAACCGUGAGGCUCAUGUACCAUUGUUCGAACAAUUUACAAGUCGUUUUUGACCCGUUAUAACGAUG